CGGGUCGGGCUGAGAGUAACUAAAUUUAGUAAAUAAAGUAAUGUUAGUAAUAUUGAAGCAAAUAGUAAAUAAAUAAAGUGCGUUGGAGAAGCGGCACAGUGCGUUUGCAGAAUCAGCCGAUACUUGAAUUUGGAAAACAUCGAAUUAGUGGCCCAGCAAGUGUACUUGUCAAAUUCUAACCUAAAACAUUGAACAGAGAGUGUUGUAUUUCUAUCCCACCAAUGACGUGAAUUUGGUGUGAGAGGUGCCUCCGCCAUGAAGCGGUCGGUUUUGGGAAUUGUGUUGUGCAUGUGCGCUGCCCACGUGGCCUUAGUAUCGGCAUCCGCAUCCGCAUCAUCGGUAUCGUCGUCGAGCAGUGACAUAAUUAGGACUUUUAGCGAUGGCAAAGUGCAGGCUUUCAACCACCUUGUGGUCGACAAGAACACCGGCAGAGUGUACAUUGGCGCCGUGAAUCGCCUCUAUCAGCUCUCGCCCGAUCUCGACCUGGUGAUAUCGGAAGUGACCGGACCGAAAAUGGACAGCGACGACUGCUCGGUGCUGGAAUGCACCAGCUCGGUGAACAAAAAGCUGACCGACUCGGUGAACAAAGCGCUGGUGAUCGAUUACACCACCACCAGGUUGAUAUCCUGCGGCAGCCUGUCGCAGGGCAUCUGCUCGGUGAGGAAUCUGCACAACAUAUCGGACGGAACUUUGGAGGUGCGUGAGGCGGUGGUCGCCAACAACGCCACCGCUUCGACGGUGGCUUUCAUCGCCCCGGGACCGCCGACGCCGCCCGUCUCGCAAGUCAUGUACGUCGGCGUCACUUUCACCCUGGGCUCGCCUUACCGCUCCGAGGUGCCGGCGGUGAGCAGCCGCUCCUUGGAGAAGGACCGCAUGUUCGCCAUCGCUCAAACGGCCGUCACCACCGGCACCAGGAUGUUCGUCAACUCCUUGGCCCGCGAACGUUACCCCAUCACUUACGUCUACGGUUUCUCCUCGGAAGGCUUCAGCUACUUCCUCACCACGCAAAUGAAGCACACCUCCAGCGGCCACUACAUCAGCAAGCUGGUGCGCGUUUGCCACGACGACGAGAACUACUACUCCUACACCGAGAUCCCCAUGGAAUGCAAAUCUGCCGAAGAGAGAAAGUACAACCUGGUCCAGGCCGCGUACGUUGGCAAAGCCGGCUCAGAUCUGGCCAGCGAUUUGGGAAUCACGGCCCAGGACGACGUCCUUUUCGCGGUGUUCAGUGAAAGUGACCCUGUGAUUGCGAACAAACCCUCUGACAUGUCUGCAUUGUGCGUGUACUCCCUCAAAUCGAUUCGACGGAAAUUUAUGCAAAACAUAAGGACAUGCUUCAACGGGGUCGGCCAGCGGGGACUCGACUUCAUCUCGCCCAGCCAUCCGUGUGUUCCAACGAAAUUGCAAACGAUCGGCGAAGAUUUCUGCGGCCUGGAUGUAAACACGCCCUUGGGCGGCGAGCAGCCAGUUUCUGCCGUGCCUGUCUUGCUUUUCAACACACGCCUCACGGCGGUGGUGGCCACUUCGACUGGGGAUUUCACGGUGGUUUUCAUAGGCACGUCCACCGGCCACUUGAAAAAGGUGGUUGUGGAGUCGUCGACUUCGGCUUUGGAAUACGGCGACUUGAAAGUGGAAGAAGGUUCUCCAGUUAAUCCAGAUUUGCACUUUGACUCCCAACUGAUGCAUCUGUACGUUAUGACGGAACGAAAGGUGUCAAAAGUAAAGGUGCAAGAGUGCACAGUGUACAGAAAUUGCUUGGAGUGUUUGGGAGUGAAGGAUCCAUAUUGCGGCUGGUGCUCCCUGGAAAACAAGUGCAGCUUAAGAUCGGAUUGCCAGGACGCAGCCAAGGACCCCUUAUACUGGAUUAGCUAUAAGAGCGGCCGAUGCACCACAAUUACAUCGGUAAUCCCCAACCAAUUACAACGUACCACAGCCAGAACCCUCGAUCUCGUUAUCGACAACUUGCCGAGUUUGACUGGACACUUCCUGUGCGCUUUCACAGCGCUAGACAAGACUCUUGUCACCAAUGCUAGCAGAAAGGGUAGCGGGGUGAAUUGCACCACGCCAAGAACCGACACUCUACCAUCUAUACCGCAAGGGCAACAUCAUUUCACCGCAAAAUUGUCAGUUAGAAUGACAACUGGUCCGGAUUUUGUGGCAACAAAUUUCACAUUUUUCGACUGCAACACAUACAGCUCUUGCACGCAAUGCGUCUCGUCUUCGUUCCCGUGCGAUUGGUGCGUCGAUGGGCACCGAUGUACGCACGAUACCGCCGAAAAUUGCCGUAACGACAUCCUAGUUACCGGGGUUAGCCGAGCCGGUCCAAGUUACAGAUCCGGACCGGCGUUCUGUCCCACCAUCAACGCGACCGUGGGUAAUUCCCCGGAAAUUCUCGUAGCCUCUGGAAUCAAGAAGGCGAUCAAGGUGAAGGUGCACAUUAUUGGUCAGUUCAUAGUGCAAACCAGAUUUGUGUGUCAGUUCAAUAUCGAAGGCAGAGUAACCAGUGUCAAUGCUCAAUUGUUGGGCGACACAAUUUAUUGCGACCCAAUGGAGUUUUCUUACACAUCCAGGGCCCCGAAUAUUACCGCCACUUUUGCUGUCAUCUGGGGAGGCUCCAAACCUCUGGAUAAUCCUGAUAAUAUACACAUCGUUAUAUAUCGUUGUCGGGACAUGGCCGAUAACUGCGGGAUAUGCUUGGCUCUGGCCGAAAAAUACGAUUGCGGUUGGUGUCAGAGUUCGGAUAGAUGCGAGGUGAAAGAUCAAUGCGAACGCGGCUCCAUGGUGUGGUUGAAUCGCAGUCAGACAUGCCCGAACCCGGAAGUGACGUCGUUCAGCCCUGAACUGGGCCCUUGGGAGGGCGGCACCAACAUAACCAUACAAGGAAUCAACUUGGGCAAGUCCUUUCAGGACAUAUACACCGGCGUGAGCAUAGCCGGCAUAAACUGCCAGCCGUACGAGCACUUGUACAUCAAGACGAAGCAGAUCGUUUGCAAAGUCGACGGUCCUGGCACCAGCGAGCCGAGGCAGGGCCAGGUGAUCGUCAGAGUGGAGGAUUACCGCGGCGAAUCGAAGACGCAGUACCGCUUCGUCGACCCCGCCAUCAAGGGCAUAUCUCCGAAGUACGGGCCGAAGUCCGGCGGAACGAUGCUGCAAAUCACCGGCGAGUUCAUGAACGCCGGCAGCAACAUACAAGCCUUUCUCGACGAGCUGCCGUGCCGGAUCGUCAGCACCGAGCAGAACCACGCGCUGUGCGUGACCAGCGCGUCCGAGUCGACGGCCAAGCGCACGCUGAAAAUGAAGUUCGACAAAGGCGACCGCUACUUCGAGGCGAUGAAGUUCGAGUACGUGGAAGAUCCGGUGAUCGAGUCGGCUGAGAGCGGCGCGGCUCACCCGACGAAAAUUCCCAAAGGCGUGCCGGCCGGCGGCAUCAAGAUAUCCGUCACCGGUCGCAACUUCCAGUCCAUACAGAAGCCGCAGAUGUACGUAUUCUACGAGCAGAAGAUGUUUAUAAGCGAGUGCGCGGUCAACAGCAACACGAGCAUGAGCUGCAAUAGCCCCGUGAUCGAGGCGGAAGACGACAAGCUGGAUGCCGACAAUCCGCUCAAGUUGGAGUACGGAUUCCGCAUGGACAACGUGACCGGCGUGCAGAAUUUAACGGAAAGCAAAGACUUUGCGCCGUUCGAUUUGUUCCCGAACCCCGUGUUCUUCCCGUUCGACAAAGAGGUCAAGUACUACAAGUCCGAGUAUUUGAACAUCAACGGGCAAAACAUCGAUAGAGCUUGUCAGGAGUCGGAUGUCGAAGUGAGAAUCGGCACGAGUUACUGCAACGUCACUUCGUUGUCCAGGCAGCAAUUGACUUGCAGACCGCCUGAAAUACAACCGCCGGCCAUCGACGACUCCGGUCUGGAGGACGUGGAGGCCUUACCCGAAGUGGUGGUGAUAGUCGGCGGCUCUUUGAGGUUCAACAUCGGCCAGCUGUCGUACUCCUCGCCGCAAGGUCUGAACGGACCGCUAUCGUCGACGACCGCAAUCGCAUUCAUCGUCAUCGGCGUGAUUAUUUUCGUCGUCUUCAUAAUAUUCCUGAUUGCGUACAGAAGGAAAUCCACGGAAAGCAACAGAGUGCUGAAGAACAUGCAAGAGCAAAUGGACAUUUUGGAGUUGCGCGUGGCGGCCGAGUGCAAAGAAGCGUUCGCCGAGCUGCAAACGGAAAUGACCGACUUGACCGGCGAUUUGACUUCCGGCGGCAUACCGUUCCUCGACUACCGAACGUACGCCAUGAAAAUCCUGUUCCCCAACGUCGAAGAUCACAUCGUUUUGCAGUGGGAACGGCCGGAGUUGCUUUGCAAGGAAAAAGGGCUGCGUCUGUUCGGCCAGUUGAUAAUGAACAAAACGUUCCUGCUGCUCUUCAUCAGAACGCUGGAGAGCAACCGGUAUUUCUCCAUGAGAGACCGCGUCAACGUGGCCUCUCUAAUAAUGGUCACCCUGCAAAGCAAGAUGGAAUAUUGCACCGACAUACUCAAGACCCUUCUGGCCGAGCUGAUCGAGAAAUGCAUGGAGGGCAAAAGCCAUCCGAAAUUAUUGCUGAGGAGGACCGAGAGCGUGGCCGAAAAAAUGCUAAGCGCCUGGUUUACAUUCCUUUUGUACAAAUUUCUGCGCGAGUGCGCCGGAGAGCCCCUCUUCAUGCUGUUCAGAGCGGUCAAACAGCAAGUCGACAAAGGCCCCGUUGAUGCAAUCACUUCCGAAGCGAGAUACUCAUUGAGCGAAGAAAAAUUAAUCAGACAAUCGAUAGAUUUUAAGCCUAUGACUGUGUAUGUGUCAAUUUCUCAACAAACCGUGUUUGUGGGAAGUUUGGAUCAUAACACAGAUAAUAUUCCUGUGAAGGUGUUAGAUUGUGAUACAAUUAGUCAAGUUAAGGAAAAAUCGUUGGAUACUAUUUAUAGAGCGACGCCAUACUCGCAAAGACCCAGGAAGGACGAUUUAGAUCUCGAGUGGCGUACCGGUACAUCUGGCAGAUUGAUUUUGUACGAUGAAGACAGCACCACGAAGUUGGAGGGCGAUUGGAAGCGCCGCAACACCUUGCAGCAUUACCGCGUUCCAGACGGCGGAUCUCUGAACUUGGUGUCGAAACAAAGUUCCAUAUACAACCUGAACAUCUUCUCGGAGAAGAACGACAAGUCGCACAAGUACGAGACUUUGAACCACAGCAAGUUCAGCUCGGUGAGCCCGCCUCUGAGCCGAGCGACGAGUCCGCUGAACCACGAUCAGGAUCAAGGGUACAAGGUGUGGCACCUGGUCAAGCACCACGACAACGACAACCAGAAGGAGGGCGAGAGAGGCAACAAGAUGGUGUCGGAGAUCUACCUGACGCGGCUGCUGGCCACCAAAGGUACCCUGCAGAAGUUCGUCGACGACCUGUUCGAGACCAUAUUCAGCACGGCGCACCGCGGCUCUGCGCUGCCGCUCGCCAUCAAGUACAUGUUCGAUUUCCUCGACGAUCAGGCGUUGCAGCACGGCAUCAGCGAUCCGGAGGUCGUGCACACAUGGAAGAGCAACUCGCUGCCUCUCCGCUUCUGGGUCAAUCUCAUCAAGAACCCCAACUUCGUGUUCGACAUACACAAGUCGAACAUCGUCGACUCUUGCCUAUCUGUCGUUGCUCAAACAUUUAUGGACUCCUGUUCCACUUCCGAUCAUAGGCUAGGUAAAGAUUCUCCAAGUUCAAAACUUUUAUACGCAAAGGAUAUUCCCUCGUACAAGGAAUGGGUAGAUAGAUAUUACAGCGAUAUUAAGAAUAUGUCCGCAAUAUCGGACCAAGAUAUGAACGCGAUGCUUGCCGAGGAUUCAAGACUACACACAACGGAAUUUAAUACGAACUGCGCCUUGCACGAGCUGUACAACUACGCGGUAAAGUACAACGAGCAGCUGACGGUGACGUUGGAGGAGGACGAGUUCUCGCAGAAGCAACGUUUGGCGUACAAGUUGGAGCAGGUGCACAACAUAAUGUCGGAGCAGGGGCAGCCGUGAUACUGGCCCGACCUGACGUGUCCGUCGGCACCGCCCAUCUCGCCCAUAUUCCCAUCGGCACCUCAGGAACUCGCUUGCUGAUAGAAGAAAUCAACGAAUAUCCAUUAAUUCAGGCAUAAAUGCAGGAAACCCUAAAACCGUGUUGUGUUGUUGUGUAUGUAAACGCCACUUAUACAUAUCCCCCCCCUCCCCCCUCACCCCAACGCCGAUUGAUUGAGCAGAUUGCCCUGCGAUCUGAUUAAAUUAAAGAACUCGAUGUGUGUCGUAAAAUAAUAACGAAUUGCUGUUGUAAUUGUUCAGUGUGUGCGUUUGUGUGCGCGCGCUCGCUCCCAGUGACUUGUAAGUGCCUCUGGUAGAUUGAGUGCUCCGAAAACGCAAAACGAAAAUAAUUGCGCUGAGUGUACCAUAUAUUUUUAUGAAUAAUAUAUAUGCUUUGCCGUGCCGGCCCUCAGCGUUAGUCCAACAACAACAAAAAUUAAUAUCAACUCUAUGAUGGCUUUUUUCACAUUUGUAUACAGUUUAAUAUUUUUAUAUUUAGUUGAACGCAAUCACGAUGGUGAUUGUCUUCCGCAAUGAUGGAAGCACCAGGGUGUAGUUACUUGCGACCUUUCAAUCAAUCAAUCAAUCUUAUACAUACAUACUAUGCACAAAGGUCGUUUUUAAUGUGGUUUGUGUACGUGUUAUAAGGCUGUGUACAUUUCUAUUAAAUUAAAUUUAACCAGCGUAUUAUGUUGCUGCCUAUCUACGCUAAUGCACCAUCAUCUAUUUCUUCUUCUUCUCUACAAACUCUUCUGACCCUCCCAUCGAAACAUUUUCAAUGCUAACUACCAAGUGUUCAAAGCAAACUUUCAAAAUGCAUUCUGUCCAAAAAGACCCUGUAUAUUCAAAAAAAUCGAAUAUUUUUUUUUUACUUCCGACACUGAAAAUUGGCUCUACAAAAAAGACUGACUACU